GCAAUUAAACAAAUACGUUUUGUUAACACCACAACCACACCGCUAGAGGAUAGCUGCUGCUGCAACGCAAACACAAAAUCGAGAAAUGAGACAAUUUCGAGUGCAUAGAAUGUACGUAGACCGGCUCAAAUGUUAAUGCUAAUGAGAGUGUGCCGCCAAAUGGGAUUCCAUCCAGAAACAAACCACCGAACGAACCGUCAGGCAGAACCCGAAGAGGGCAAAACGAAACGAGAGUUCCGAAUCCGAUUUAAAUGAGCAGAAAUCAACCAAAGCGGAGGAGCGCAACCGAGAGAAAGAAAGUAAAGCUUCAGGUGAAAAUUAGGCCAAGACGUUAUUUAAAUACAUAAAAUACGUAUAUGCAUAUGUAUUUGGCUUUGAAACCUUCGGCCAUGCCAUUGGCUUCCCGAUAACAACAAAUGAAACCUCGCCAGAAGAGGCCAUCCCAUCCCACAUACAAUUCACCGAGCAUCGGCACUGCAUACGUUUAAUUUAAUCAGAGUCUAGCAAAGUGUACAGCAAAUAUGGAGUUCCUGGAGAAUAUUGCCAAGAGUCUUCAAAGUCUGUUGUCCUCCUACAUCGACCUGGACUACUCGAUGUGGCUCUAUCGUUUUCUAACGCCGCUGAUAGUCACAUUCCUGCUGCCCCUGGUCUUCGUGGCCCUCAUAUACAUAUCAUUCUUGGUGCUAUUCAUCUACAAGCUGCACAGGCAGGUGAUCAUGCGAGCUGUGCAAACGGAUCGCAAUUUCUGGCGCGUGGGCCGGAAAAUAGUGGCCGCCAUUUGGGAUGCCCAUGCGAGAAUCUAUCAUGGCUACGAGGUGAUCGGUCUGGAGAAUGUGCCCCAGGAGGGUCCGGCGUUGAUUGUCUACUACCAUGGAGCGAUACCCAUCGACAUGUACUAUCUGAACUCGAGGAUGCUGCUGCAGCGCGAGCGCUUGAUCUACACGAUCGGGGAUAGGUUCCUGUUCAAGCUGCCCGGCUGGGGCACCAUCUCGGAGGCCUUCCACGUCAGUCCCGGCACCGUGCAGUCCUGCGUGAGCAUUCUGCGCGACGGCAACCUGUUGGCCAUCUCGCCGGGCGGCGUCUACGAGGCACAGUUCGGGGACCAUUACUACGAGCUGCUGUGGCGCAAUCGUGUGGGCUUCGCCAAGGUUGCCCUGGAGGCCAAGGCCCCCAUAAUACCCUGCUUCACGCAAAAUCUGCGCGAGGGCUUCCGGCAGGUGGGCAUCUUUCGGAACUUCUUUAUGCGCUUGUACAACAAGGUUCGCAUUCCAGUUUAUCCCAUCUACGGCGGCUUUCCGGUAAAGUUUCGCACGUAUUUGGGCAAGCCAAUAGAAUACGAUGAGAACCUCACGCCGCAGGAUCUACAGAACAAGGUUGCCACAGCUAUUGAGGAGUUGAUCAACAAACAUCAACGACUGCCGGGCAGUAUUCUGUUGGCACUUUUGGAUCGGCUACCGGCCUUCAGGCGCGCAUCCUCAGUUAUCAAAAAGAAGGCGGAAUAGGCGCAGAACCGGCUCCAAGAGCUGAUACUCCUGUUCCUGCUCGCUGAUCAAUUUCGCUGAGAGAUUAACAGAGAUUGAUGUUGGUGCAUUGGCCAUUAAAGACUUUCUUCCAUGUACUUCAUGAACAUAAGUAGGCUUAGACAACGUAUAACUAAACAUUUAAACUACUUUUA